UGUAAAGGUGGAUGUGGUGAAGUGGGUAUUACAACUCGACAUUGUAAUCAUGCUUUAAAUGAAAACGUUACUUACGGCGGGUUUGAAUACGAGUGGAAAACUUGCAAUUUAAACGCGUGCACACUAAGUAAUUACUCUGAAUUGGUCAAAGGCAAUGUGUUCAAGUUACAGGAGUUCAAUUACUUGGAGACUGCUGUGGAAAAUAGUAGACACCGCACGGUGUUGGAUAAUUGCAUCACGGGCUAUUGUGAAUACGAAUUGUUGGAGGAAACGCUUAAAAACGAUACAGCAAGUACAUUAUUAUGAACGUCGAGACUUCAACAAAACUUUACAUACCUAUCUAAUAAAUUUAGGAUCGGUUUUGGAACGCUCUUCUGUGUGUAAAACACAACUUAGGUUGUCCCGUUAAGGGAGGUUGGAGUGGUUGGAGUUUGUGGUCAAAGUGUACCGCUUCUUGCGGUCCUGGAGUUCAGUAUCGCCUACGAUUCUGUGACAACCCGACAAAUUCCAGAGUGUCUCUCAACUGUACCGGGAGUUUCGUGGAAUACAAAAAUUGUUUUGGAAAUAAAUGUCAAAAGAAAACUGGUAUUAUAUUUUAUGAAUACAACGCUAAUAGGUGCAUUGUUAGAUCUUGUCAAAAUUGCACACCGAUUACCUACGUUAGACGGACUUUGGUGUAAGUGGUCUGAGUGGUCGCAAUGUAACGUUGGCCAGGGCAACGGUAUUGUGAUUCGGAAAAGGUUUUGUCGACUAGCCAGUACCAAUAAUGGGUCGUCGUGCUUUGGACCGCAUACGGAAAUUGAUAAAUGCUACAAGCCAGAUGUUAACGGAGGAUGGUCCGAGUGGCAAAGGUGGAGUCACUGUUCUGUAGAAUGCGGUAAAGGUACUAGGUACAGAACGAGAAGCUGUACUCGACCAGAACCCAAUGGAGACGGCAUCGAUUGUGUUGGAAAUCCCAUGGAAAUAGCCAGUUGUUAUUUGACACCGUGUAAAGGGCCGUCACUUAUGGUAACAACGUUUGACAAAGAAGCUCUUCUAAAAUACUCAUCUACAGGCCCAGAAACUUCUUUACUUCAUGUAUUUGUGCGGUUUUAUCCACUUGAUGGUUUUGGUACAAUAAUACGCAGAUUCCACGACAACUGCGAUAAGUGUGAUAAUGUAGAACUGAAAUUAGUAGAUUACAAAUUAUCGUUGAGUGCAGUUUUAAACGGUUGCAAUACAUCACUGAGCACUACGUCAAGAAUGAAUAUCGGUUGGAACGAAGUGUACUUUAUGAUUACAAAAACACAAAUAACACUACACGCAAAUACAAUACAAAUUUCGUCAAAUUUAAAAUGUAUUUCUACGUCGGUUAAUUUAAAUCAAGUGAUGAACGUCGGAGAAGGAUUUGAAGGUUACAUAGAGAAGCUUUACGUUAAUUUUGUACCAUACGCAAUAACAAUAAACAAUGAAUUUACAGAUAAUAUGAUCUUACCUUAUGCGGCUUGGAACACUGUUUUUGAACCAAUAGAAGAGAUUUCUUACGUUGAUUUAUCACAAACCAUCAAAAUACCUUGUCCCCGAGUUUUAAACGCGUGGAAACUGGAGCUCUAUUUAAGAUUUCAGCGUAUGGUUUAUGGCGAUGUAAUCACCAUGAACAGCUCGUCUGCAGAUUAUAUAUGUGUAUCGGUUGUAAACAAUUAUUUCAAACUCAAAGUUUCGGUGGAAGACUAUUCCUACGAGACGUUGAUCAAGUACGAGGAAAUCGAUUCUUCUUGGAUUCAUUUGGAACUCGGACAAAAAAUGAACGUUUGGUACUUUAACGUUAACGGAGAAACACAAACGAUAGAAACACCCGGCGACAUUCCAAAUGAUAUAUGUCAUGAAUAUUUUUAUACUGGAAGUCGAGACCUUCGAGGAGUUCUUGAAUUUUUGAAAGUGGACAAAGAAAUUUUGAAUAUUAACGAUUUUAUCGUAAAUUCCGCUAGAGAAUACAAUAUGUUAUCUUAUGAUUUAUCGGAUAUUAAAUAUGAUGAGAUAAGAACUAACGUGGAAGACGUAACUAAAUUGAAUUGCAUUGUUAAUAAUCAACUCGAACAUGAAAAUGUUGAUAUUACGUGGAUCAGUAUUAAAAAUCUCGAUGUACAAAAAAUAAGCCCUUGCGAGUCUAAUUAUGUUUUGACGACAAGUAGUUAUACGUCUCAAUUAUUAAUUGUACCAAAUGGUACUCUUCAAGACGACCAGUUUUAUAUGUGUACAUCCACUUCACCGAAGAAGAUUAUUUGCGCUUAUGGUGUAGUUAAUUUUUACAAACCAAAUAAUAGCAUGCCAUCUGGUUUAAAAACGUUUAUACUCCUUGGCAGACUUAUUGCGGUUGUGACAAUGUUCAUUUUUAUAAUACUGCCGAGAUCCCACGGUGUUACGGACGCCGGCAUGUCGAAGACGUCCACUUCCGUCAACCGGAAACGUCGUCUAGCCCAUACGCCUAAAUUUCCGGUUGACGAUUACUUCAUCCAUGAUAGACCUGCCACGACAGGUGCCGCAAGCGUGGAACAACCCGCUAAACCGUUCACGAGUUGCGGCACUGUCAUUCAAUCGGACACUGUAAAGCAGUUGCAGCCACAGUCAUCGCAGAAGCCGAAGUGUCUGUUGAAAGUAAAUAGUUGA